GGUGAGGCAGCAGGCCCCGGAGCUUCCCGCUGUGGGUGGUUCCUCAGCACUGCGUACCAGCCAGAAGACUGGGAGGACUGGUGAGAGCGGAGCCCCGGGAAGACACGCGCCAUGUCUCUGAGCAGCGCUUUCCAGGCGGUGGGCAACGACCCUGGGAUCAUCACCUGGAGGAUAGAGAGGAUGGAGCUGGCGCUGGUGCCCCUGAGUGCCCACGGCAGCUUCUACGAGGGAGACUGCUACGUCAUCCUCUCGACCCGCAGAGCGGGCAGCCUCCUCUCCCAGGACAUCCACUUCUGGCUGGGGCAGCACUCCUCCCAGGACGAGCAGAGCUGUGCAGCCGUCUACACCACGCAGCUGGACGACUACCUGGGGGGCAGCCCCGUGCAGCACCGGGAGGUCCAGUACCACGAGUCCGACACCUUCCGUGGCUACUUCAAGCAGGGCAUCAUCUACAAGAAGGGGGGUGUGGCCUCCGGGAUGAAGCACGUGGAGACCAACACCUACGAGGACGUGAAGCGGCUGCUGCACGUGAAGGGGAAGAGAAACAUCAGGGCCACCGAGGUGGAAAUGAGCUGGGACAGUUUUAACCGAGGGGAUGUCUUCUUGCUGGACCUGGGGAAGGCCAUCAUCCAGUGGAACGGCCCGGAGAGCAGCAGCAGGGCGCGCCUGCAGGCUACGCUUCUGGCAAAGGACAUUCGGGACAGGGAGCGAGGGGGCCGUGCUGAAAUAGGCGUGAUCGAGGGCAAUGAGGAGGCGGCCAGCCCAGAGCUGAUGCAGGUCCUUCAGGGCACCCUGGGCCGGCGCUCCAUCCUCAAGCCCGCGGUCCCCGAUGAGAUCACCGAUCAGCAGCAGAAAUCAAAUACCACGCUGUAUCAUGUCUCAGACUCAGAUGGACAGCUGGCAGUCACAGAGGUAGCAGUGAGGCCCCUGGUCCAGGACUUACUGAACCAUGAUGACUGCUACAUCCUGGACCAAAGUGGAACCAAGAUCUAUGUGUGGAAAGGAAGAGACGCCACCAAGGUUGAGAAACAGAUGGCCAUGUCUAAAGCCCUGAGUUUCAUCAGGAUGAAGGGCUACCCCAGCAGCACCAACGUGGAGACGGUCCAUGACGGUGCCGAGUCAGCCAUGUUCAAGCAGCUGUUCCAGAAGUGGUCAGUGAAGGAACAGACCGUGGGUCUGGGGAGGACGUUCAGCGUUGGUAAAAUCGCUAAAGUCUUCCAGGAUAAAUUUGACGUGACCCAGCUGCACACCAAACCAGAGGUAGCGGCCCAGGAAAGAAUGGUUGAUGACGGCAACGGCAAAGCUGAGGUCUGGAGAAUUGAAAACCUGGAGCUGGUCCCCGUGGAGCAGCAGUGGUAUGGCUUCUUUUAUGGGGGAGACUGCUAUCUGGUUCUCUACACGUACGAGAUGCACGGGAAGGCGCAUUACGUCUUGUACAUCUGGCAGGGCCGCCACGCCUCACAGGACGAGCUGGCAGCCUCGGCAUACCUGGCGGUGGCGGUGGACCGGCAGUUUGAUGGGGCCCCCGUGCAGGUUCGGGUUACCAUGGGGAAGGAGCCACGCCACUUCAUGGCCAUCUUCAAAGGAAAGCUGGUUAUCUUUGAGGGUGGGACUUCCAGAAAGGGAAACCCCGAGCCUGAUCCUCCAGUAAGGCUCUUCCAGAUUCAAGGAAAUGACAAGUCCAACACCAAAGCGGUGGAGGUCCCCGCCUUCACCUCCUCCCUCAACUCCAACGAUGUCUUCCUGCUGCGGACCCAGGCGGAGCACUACCUGUGGUAUGGCAAGGGGUCCAGUGGCGAUGAGCGGGCAAUGGCUAAGGAGCUGGCCGGUCUUCUCUGUGAUGGCACCGAGGACACAGUGGCCGAGGGCCAGGAGCCAGCUGAGUUCUGGGACCUGCUGGGAGGGAAAACGCCCUAUGCCAGUGACAGAAGGCUACGAGAGGAAAUCCUAGAUGUCCAGUCCCGUCUCUUUGAAUGUUCCAAUAAGACUGGCCGGUUCAUUGUCACUGAGAUCACAGACUUCACCCAGGAUGACCUGAACCCAGGUGAUGUGAUGCUCCUGGAUACCUGGGACCAGGUGUUCUUGUGGGUCGGGGCCGAGGCCAACGCCACAGAGAAGGAGCGUGCGCUUGCUACCGCCCAGGAAUACCUGCACACCCACCCCAGCGGCCGAGACACUGGCACACCGAUCCUGAUCAUUAAACAGGGGUUCGAGCCUCCAAUCUUCACAGGCUGGUUCUUGGCCUGGGACCCUCACAUCUGCAGCGCAGGGAAAUCAUAUGAACAGUUAAAAGAAGAGCUGGGAGACGCUGCUGCUAUCACGAGAAUCACUGCUGAUAUGAGGGAUACAACCCUCUCCCUGAAUUCUAAGCCAAAAUAUUACCCCAUAGAAGUUCUGUUGAAAAAUCAGAGUCAGGAGUUGCCUGAGGAUGUGAACCCUGCCAAAAAGGAGAAUUACCUCUCCGAACAGGACUUUGUGUCUGUGUUUGGCAUCACAAGAGGGCAAUUUGCUGUUCUGCCUGGCUGGAAACAGCUCCAGAUGAAGAAAGAAAAGGGGCUUUUCUGAGGCAAGACGGCAUCUCCCUAUUGCAAGACCCCAGAAGAGAGCAGACAGUGCCAGUAUCAGGAAAGAAUUCUCUACUGAUUUUUGCCUAACACCCAGCUAUUUAAUGUAGAUCCAGCAGGGUCUGCAAUCUCAGCAUGUUCCCAUCCUUCUCAUCCCUGCCUUCCUUGGCUGUUAUAUAUAUAUAACCUAGAAUGUCAGCUGCCCACUUCUUAAUUUUUGUGGCCUUCUGGCUAAAGCCUAAGCAGAAAACACUAAAACUGCAUGAAUCUGGUGAAGUCAAAAGUAAGAGAAGAAAAAACUAAGUUUAAAGUGUUUAAUAUUGGGGCAAGGGCCUAAGUUUGUUUUAAAUUUUAAGAUCGGUAUUUCCUAUUUAACCCACAAAUCACUGAAGUUAUUCACAUAUAUACCCUGAAGUCAGAAUCUGAAUGCUCAGAUCUGUACGUGCCAGACAUUUUCAAAUUUUCAAAUAAAGAUACCUGUAAGAGCAAA